AUGACUUCCGGAUUGUACAACGGCUUCAUACAACAACGCAAACUCGCACCUUUUUAUAAAGGCUUAGAGGACUGGGAUGAUAGUGAGGAUGCCCAAGAGGAAAAAGAAUCUGAAAAGGGACAUGAGACGACUAUACCAGGGUGCAAUCGAAUGUCCCAUCUGUUUCUUGUGGCUUCCAAUCCUUACCUGCAUCCUCGGCUGGAACGACGGUAAAUGAGCUUCUUUAUUUAUCCUAUUAUAUUAUAUAUACUUUAAUUUUUGCGAUGUUGCACUUUUUAAAGACCUCUAAUGAUUGAGUCAUUUGAUUCUUACCACAACGUCUUUAUAAUAAUUUAAUUGGAAUAAGUGGUGAGGAUCAUUUCAUUCAAUGUCCUUUUACAAUGAUCAGCCCCGUUUUACUGUAACAGUAUCCUUCCCUUGAUUUUCCAUCCGUGUAUUACUAUAUAU